CCUUGAUGCAGCCCAGCCCGGCGAGCUCCGCGUCUCCGCCGCCGCCUGCUCCGGCCGGACGGGGUCAGAGCCGGAGCAUGGAACCUGGGGAGCCCCGGGAGCCCCGCGAGCUCGGGCCGGGAGCAGAGACCGCCGCGGCCCCGCGCUGGGAGGAAGCCAAGACUUUCUACGACAACCUUGCGCCCAAGAAGAAACCCAAAUCGCCCAAGCCUCAGAAUGCAGUCACCAUUGCAGUGUCCUCCCGAGCCUUGUUCCGCAUGGACGAGGAGCAGCGAAUCUACACAGAGCAGGGCGUGGAGGAGUAUGUGCGCUACCAGCUGGAACACGAGAACGAGCCCUUCAACCCCGGGCCAGCCUUCCCCUUUGUAAAGGCUCUAGAGGCUGUGAACAGGCGGCUACGGGAGCUGUACCCUGAUAGUGAGGACCUCUUUGACAUCGUCCUCAUGACCAACAACCAUGCACAAGUGGGAGUCCGUCUCAUCAACAGUAUCAACCACUAUGACCUGUUCAUCGAGAGGUUCUGUAUGACUGGUGGGAAUAGCCCCAUCUGCUACCUCAAGGCCUAUCACACCAACCUCUACUUGUCAGCUGAUGCGGAAAAAGUUCAGGAAGCCAUCGAUGAGGGUCUAUACCAGGGGCCUGUGAGGAAUCCCUGGCAGGGGAGCAGUGGCCUGGGAGACCCCUCCUUCCAGCCUUCCUUUCAGACUGAUGUUCGUCUGGUCCACACCAGCAUGACCUUACUAGGGAUUGCAGCUGCCACCAUCUUCAGCCCCAGCAAGGACAUGGCUGUAUCCCAGAGUCAACUGCGUGUGGCCUUUGAUGGGGAUGCUGUCCUCUUCUCAGAUGAGUCAGAGCGCAUUGUCAAGGCCCAUGGACUGGACCGAUUCUUUGAGCAUGAGAAGGCCCACGAGAACAAACCUUUGGCCCAGGGCCCCCUAAAGGGCUUUCUGGAAGCGCUGGGUAGGCUGCAGAAGAAGUUCUACUCCAAGGGCCUGCGGCUGGAGUGCCCGAUCCGCACCUACUUGGUGACGGCACGCAGUGCAGCCAGUUCUGGGGCCCGGGCUCUCAAGACCUUGCGCAGCUGGGGCCUGGAGACAGAUGAGGCCUUGUUCUUAGCUGGAGCACCCAAGGGCCCCCUCCUCGAGAAGAUCCGCCCACACAUCUUCUUUGAUGACCAGAUGUUCCAUGUGGCUGGGGCUCAGGAGAUGGGCACCGUGGCCGCCCAUGUGCCUUAUGGUGUGGCACAGACACCCCGGAGGACUGCACCUACAAAGCAGACCCCAUCUGCACAGUAGCUGAGCCACCAGCUUUUUGAUCCAUUUUACUCCACCAGGCUCCCUGUCAUACUUAGACACCUCAUCUAGUAGACCCUUCUAGUUCCUUAUAGUUCUGCCCUUCUGCAUGUCUGCCCUCAUCCCUAUGAGUGAGGUACUUGUAGGAAACUGUGCAGACUGGGCUGGCAUUCUCACUGUCCUUCCUUUUGGGCAAAUCCUGUGUCAUGAUCCUGAGUAGGACAUAAGACUGUGCAGAAUAGCUGGAUUUCAGGGGGAAGUUGAUGGGACUGAUAGUGGGAGGGUCAGAGAAACCAGCAUGCCUCAAAAGGGGCCUGGGAUGAAAACUAGCUCAGUGUAGUGCAAAGAACUUUGAGAGACAGAGUGGGCCUGGCAUCUAAACCAUGUCCUGGCAUUAACUGCAUGACUUUGAGUAAGUCUCUUCCCUUCAUGGGCCUCAGUUUCCCCAUCUUUUAGGUGGUUUUCAAACUCCCCUUUAGCCAAAGAAGCUUGGUUUUAUGAGAUUGCCCUCUUUGAAGGAAGCAUUCUGUGCCAGGGCUGCUGCUGGUAUGUAUGGCACCUUUGUGCAAGUUACAAAAGGACGCUCUCUCUAGGCAAAUGAAUUACACAAAGAUGGCCCUUCCUCUGACCCAGACCCAGCUGGAGUACACAGCCUGUUUAGCAAGACAUACAUGGGCUGGAUUUCGGCCCCCGUUUGCCCCAGAGACCUUUGUCAAAUAGGCAAAACGCACAAUCAUACACAGCAACUCUAUCUAUAACUUUGCACAUCUGGAAACCACUGGACAAGAGGACCUAUCUGCUUCCUAUGAUUCUCUAACGAGCCAUCAUCAGAGGUCAGGGGUCAGGUGGAAGGUUUGUGGAAAGGAGCAAAGAGAGUGAAUUUAACCUGCAUGCAACCUCUCCUCUAGCCAGCAGGGGGCGCUGCAACCUCCUCCUGGGGAGGAGCUUUGGUGCCUGCAGGCUCAGCAUUUGCUUUUGCUUUUAGCCAAGUUCAGUUGUUCUUGCCUGCCAACCCCCUCACCUCCACUCUCACUCCCCCGAUUAUUGCAUCCUGCUGUGCUGUUAAGCAGCUAUGCAAGUGGGGAAAGAAGCAGAGCAUCUAUGUCUACUGUUGUGGCCCCAGAUGCAGAGGAAGAAAGCACAGCGGCUGAAGUCCAUGCUGAGCCCCAGGGUAAGCUGCUACCUGGAGUGAAGUGAGAAGUGUCAGGAGGUCUGGUCUGAGACAAAAAUUCAGAUGGUGGCUGCUUAGACAGGAAGGAGCUGAAAUGUGUACUAGCAAAAUUCUCCAGCAAUGGUAUAGUGAGUGGAAGGCCAGUCGGAGCUGCCUUUGGAGGUAAUGAGCUCUCUGUUACUGAGAUGCUGUGCAAGGGAUCCCAGGGUGAGGUGCGCUUCCCCUGAGAUGCACCGUGAAUGCACGUGAGAUGCACCCUUGCAGAAGCCCCUGCAGCGCCUUCUUCACUGCUUCCAGGGAGAACUCUCAUGACUUGAUGAGUAAGCCUCCUCUGCUGAGCAACCCUGGCUCUCCCGGAGGGAGGGCGGAAGCACCCAUGGCUGGUCCCCAGGAAGAUCAAGAAGGGGUGAGCAGACACAGUGUGUGGACUGACUGUCCAGCUCUGGGAAGAAACCUCACUGUAAGUGAGUACUGUGUGAAGAAAACCAAAGGCAUCAUCAGAGGGGGUGUGAGCCUGGAGGUGUGGGGGCAGGAAAAGAGGGAGAAGGGCAACCUGGGGCCUGGUCUUUGUCGUUUUGGGGACUCAGCCCAGGGUCUGAAUGGGCAUAGGUUCUGGAUAGUGUGGGGCAAGGUAGUAGCUGCAGAAAGAUAAUCCGGAAAGGAGAAAAAAGUGAGAAGACAGAGGUGGUUCUGGAAAUGAGUGACAGUUUGGGCAGAAGAGAUGUACUGGGCUAGGCUUUUGCUGUCAUUGCCAGAGGCCUCCAGGAGGCUGGUCCUGGGGAGGAAGGUCAAGGCUGUGCUGAGUGGCUGGGGCAGACACCCACCACUACUGCCUUGUCAGGGGGCACUUGCUUUAUUGCACCCAUAGGUGCAUGUGAUGAAGAUGGCUUUGCACAAGGUCAUUUCGAUUACACAGCCAGGAUCCUUUUGCCAACAGAGGAGAGCUUGGGACAGAAGGCCUAGUUUGGAGUUCCUUCUACUACCAGAGCUCCAAGCCUAGCCAGAGAUACUGUGAGACCUAAGAACAGCCUCAAGCAAAUGGAAAGGAAAUGAUAGAGGGGGCUCAGCCUCAGAGUCAUCUUAGAUAUUGGCUGAACCACAGAAAGGCCCUCUGCGCCCCAGGGGUCAGAAUCACCCCCUUGGAGGAGCCUCCAGGGCUCACAGAGCUGUGGCUCUAAGAAGCCUGCAAGGCUAGGCACAGCCAACGCUCACAGAAUGGCAUUAGGCUGCCUGACCAGAGUGGACCUGUGCACUGUGAGGGGCAGCACCAGAUGCCAUCCAAUUAAGAUAAACUACAGCGAUUCUGGGACCUGUGAAAUCCUGCUCCCAAGGCCUAGUGAUCGACACCAGUGAUUCUUCCAGGUCUGUGAGGAAGGAGGGAGAUAGGAAGCUGGAGGCAGAAAAAGUUCAGUAAAAGCUGUGGGUUUGACUGGAACCACCUUUAAUGGGCAAAGACAGCCUUGGACAAUGGAGAGACACUAAGGGUCCAAAUUCUAUUAUCGAAACCACAAAUGAGCACCUCAGGCCUAGAAAAAGACUUUCAGUAGCUGGAAUAAAAGGCCCAAGUCCCGGGGGCAAGCUUAGGCAGCAGCCAGACAGGCCUUCUGAUUGUCUUAAGUGGUAAGGAGGGGCCCAGGGCAAGGGGUAUUGUUUAUUGUACCACCAAGAAAUUAAAAAGCCCCGUGAGCAUGCAAGCCCCAAGCCCAACCAGGGGCAGCACAAUGGGGGAAGAAGGGCCAUAGCUUCUGAAAGGCUGGACCCCUUUAGCUGAAAUCACUACUUCCCCAAUAAGUCUUGCAGAACAUGGGUCCCAGGAAGUGCUUGCUAGCGACGUCCAAGACCCAGUAGAACUGCCACUUUGCAAAAAAACAGAAGCCCUGUUACUAAACAAUGAGACUGCCAACAUCAUUGCCAACCUGAGAGCCCAAUCAGAGUAGUGGGAACAUAGCAGAAUAUGCCAGAAAAAAUAGAAGCCAGCAAGAAGUUCGAAUCCAAGAUGGAUUCAGCAUUAUAAUGAUAUUCAGUUGGCAUGCACCAGUACAGCCAAACUGAUGAUUAAAAUAUUGAAACAUCUCCACACCAUUUGGUAAAUAGUACUGUCCUGAGUCCCCUGAGUAUCCCUCUACAGCUUCAGCUGCCUUGGUCCCUCCACUGUGAAUGCUCCACCCUCCUGCAAUCCAGCCUCCAAAAGGCUGCAUCAGCACUAUGGCCAGUGUCCACUCUGUUUUGUGGUGUCCUGGCCAUGGUGGUUUAGGGAGAUAAAGUAAUUUGCCCAAAGCCACACAACUAGUAAGUGACAGCACUGGGACUUAGAUUCAUGUCUGUCUGAUGCAAGACCCAGGCUCUCAAUCAUUCUGCCAUACUACUCAUACAUAUGCGUAGAGAUGGCAAGAGAAGCUUCAUUAUCAAAGGAGUUUACUUGACAGUUAACAUGUUGAUUUCUUGCGUGUUGAAAUGCUGGAAUACAGCUGAGUGGGUACAUUUUUGUUAUAUAGCUAAAAAUAAACUAAAUAGCUAAAAAUGAACCGAAUAGCUAAAAAUAAACAAGAGCUAAAUAUUUGCAGACCCUCUGAAGCACUUUCAAAUAACCCCAAGUUCUGUGGAACCCAGUUUGAAGAUCCCUGUUUUGAGUUAAUGCAGAGUCUGACAAACUUUAGGCCCCUGGGCCAAAUCUGACUCACUACCUGUUUUUGUUAAGAAACUUUUACUGGAACACAGCCAAGUGCAUUUGUUUACAUAUGUUUGUGGCUGCUUUCUCACUAUAGCAGUAGAAUUGAAUUGUUGCAACAAAGACUGCAAAGCCAAAAACAUGUGUCACCUGGCCCUCUACAGAAAAAGUCUGCUGAUCCCUGGGCUAAGGCAAACAUCCCUGGCUCACUCCCUAGUGGGAGGAACCAGGUCACAUCCACCUAAAUAUUUGUGGGCAGAGGUUGGCUCCACUGCUGAGGGGGAAGGACAUGGGGACUCCAUGACCAUAUGACCCUUGCAAGAUUCCAAGUUUUGACUAUUUUCAAGUGAUCCAUGGCCCAUUGUAAUUCACAAUUUUGUUGAUGCAGGAAUUUGACUUGAGUGUGCCUCUCAAGCUUAUGGGUGAGGGGACAGGGAGCAGGACCCCUGGCUAGGGAAGGGCCCAGCUGGCUGUCCAGCAUCUGCUCAGCAUGGCUUUGUGUUCCCAACAUGUCCCAGCCCUCAUGGGGCCUCUUAGGCAGUGACAGGUGCUGGCAGGUGGACGGGCAUUAGCUAACUACAAGUUUUGGAUAAAGUGAAAUGCUCAAUGGAUCAGAUCUUACAGGUCAUCCAUAAGCUCUCUGUGAAAACAAGAACAAGUUCUUCAUGAAGAGGGUCCCAGAGAGGGCUUUAGCCAGUUCAGAAGUUACUGAUCAAGUGAGAGAUAAAACUCCAGUAAAAUUCACUCCAGUGAAGGGCAGUUUUCUUGUGGUAUGAGGGUAUGAGAAAUGAACAUGCAUACCCUCACGAUGGAAUUGUGGAUCAAGAGUAAUGAAGGAGUCUGCAAAUUUAGAGAUUUACCAAGGUUCCAGGAUCCAUGGCAAGAAUGACAAGUGUGGAAGAUGGCCCAUCUUCAGCCAUCGUUGCUGUCACCGUCCAUCAUGACACUCCUCUGCUAAGCCCAGACUCAGCCUCAGAAUCCUUCUCAACCCAGCAAGCAUUCUUGGCAGCCACUACCAGUGGGUGGCAGUUGCUUUGAAAGAUGAAACCUGUUUUGGCCAUCCCUGUUGUUGGGUGUUGCUAUCCAGGAGGCACGCAGAGCCCUGAAAGUUCAUUCUCUGAUGCUGUGGUGCUCUCUGAGGAUGCCAGGGUCUCACCCGACUUGGACAGAUCACAAGGAAGUGGGAAAAUAGCAUCCUGUGGUUGGUGGCUUCCCUGGAAGGGGUGCCUGAGAAGCGGGGUCCUGGGUUUCACCCAGUCUCGAAGCAAAGUAUAAAACCCCCUCCCUCCAGUAGGUGACACUGCAGGCCAGCACUCCAUUGCUGGCCGUAGUGUUUUUCUUCACUGGUUUACUUUUCUCUCCUUCCGUGCUACUUGGUGCUCUGCUGGACUGUCGCCACAGGUAGCUCUAGCCAGCCAAAAAGGACAUUAGGUGCUCUGAACUGUUUGCUAGACAUACCUGUGUGACUGCUCUCACCGAUAACCACUGUGAUUGUGUGUGGAUGCACACAUAUGAGUGUGCAGAACAGGACAAAUACCGUGCAUGUAUGUAUGUUCAUGUGGGUGUGUAUAAUGGGUCAGAUAUCUCAGCUGCCAGCCCUGUGUGUGUGUCCUCCUCACUAUGAGUGUGUACAGAUGGUUAUCUCUGUUCACUAAGGGUCCUGGGCCCCACAUCUGAGUACUGGCAGCCAGCCCUGCUUCCUGGGGCUACUUCUGGCUAUUCUCAUGAUCUCAUGGGUACUUGCGCAUACACAGGCUGGAGGCCACUGAGACCAGGCCCUUUAUCUUCCUCUACAGCUUUCAGCCUCUGGACAACAAGGUCUUGGUUCCUGUUUGCCUCCCACCCCUACCCCCUGAAGCCUUGGGAGGAAGUGGUAGAAUCCACUAAGAAAACCCUUUUGACUAUACCUGCCUCAUCAUCUCCACUUGCUUCUUCUCUCCCCCUAACAGUGCCAGGGCCAACAUGCACAGUUGGGAAGAUUAUGCACUGCCAAAAUCUAGAGGGAGGGGACCAUUCACACUAUGACAUGGUGGUGCCUCUUAGGCACCUGUAAAACCUGCCAGCUGUACACAGAAGCCCUGGCCACCUGAUGGCCAUGGCUAGGAAAGUUGCCUUUCUCCCUGUCCCCCUGGCCCAGCCCAACCUACACUGGGAUUCCUUUCUCUGCUUGGGUGUUCUAGUCUGGCCCAGAAGUGACUUACCCUUGGCCUUGACUGGGAAGUAUCUCCCUGAUGGGCCAUCCCCCAGAGGCCUUUGGGAUUCAAUUUAUGAAAGUGAAAUAUGGCUGGGAACUAUUCAGUUACUCAUUUUUGUGAAGUGAGAGGCCCCUAUAAGUAAACCGAAGCUCUGCAGACUGGGGUCACUGACUCCCACUCUCUUGGCUGGGUAAAUACUCCUUCAUGGGCGGUCUGCCACAGAAUUGGGGUAAAGGCCUCAAGUCUAUACUUGUAGCUGCCCCCAAGCAGAAAGUCACUGAGGUCACCACAGGCUGGAUGCCUGGGCCAGGGGUCACAGACCCCAAUGCCUACAGGAGCCACACAGGAAACAUAAGUGAACAAAGAGGAUUAGGUGGGGUCCUCAGUAAGAGAGAGAACACUGACCCUGCGGUCUGAUAUGGUUGCUGCCAUGUGGGAAUGCGGGCUGAUGUUAUAAGAUAUUCCACUCUAUUUUUCAAGAGAAGCUAGAAAUCUGCACUUUUAAAUGUUGGCAAUUAUUUCAAAUUUAGAAAACACUAUACGAGCCAAAUUAAACAUAUCUUGGAGGCUAAAUCUGGCCCUCGAAUCUCCAGUUUACACCCAGUUUGCCCAGGCCCAGUGAAUUGGGUAUUUUAGACCUAAGUAACUGAGAGUGUGAGGAUGUUACACUCAGACUCACUGUUUUGGAUCCUUAAGAGACCUUAGAGAUGAUCUAGUUCAGCCCUUGUGUGUUUUAAACUGCAUACGUACAAACUUUGUCAACUCAAUAGUACACAUAUCCUUAACUUCUGGUUUCUACUUAAAAGCAUCUCAGUACCACAAUUUAGAACAUGAUUAAAAAUGAAGCUUCUACACAUAAAUAGUGUGCUUGUAUCUACCUGUCAGAAGCCCUUUGCUUUUAUGCUAUUUGCUGUCCUGGACUUCCUUGGCACCUAACCUCCCUGGGUUGCUCUUUAUGAUCAACCUCCUAAGUGCCUCUUUAAACAGUUGGAGCAUGUGCUUCUUCCUCCAUGUGAUCUCCUCUCCCUGGGGAUGAGACUGCUCAUACUCUUCCUGGCUUUGCCCUCCUUAGCCUGCUGUUAGCACUGCUCGUGGCUCCAGCUCUGUUUGGCUCUUUGCAGCGUUCACCUGGUUGCAUGAUAAAGGGUGCUAUGUGCUUGUCAGCGUAAAUCCCUCUCAUGCUUGUCCUAUACCUUCAUGUUACAACAUGGGCUUCUGCUUCUUAAAAGCCAUUCAAAUAAAUAGAACAGGUUUUUAAUAAA